AUCUCCUCAACCUCCAUCAACAAUCCUCCCGCGAAAACCGUCGACGCGGUACUCUUUACAUCCCUCAUAUCCCCUGCACUUUGUCUCGAUCGAUACCCGCAGCUUCUCUUCAUCAUGAAGACUGCUACCCUCCUCGCAGCGGGCUCGCUGCUGGGCGCCGCCACCGCCGGCGUCCACAAGAUGAAGCUCAAGAAGGUUCCUCUGUCGGAGCAGCUUGAGUAUGCCAACUUCCACGACCAGGCAAAAGCCCUCGGUCAGAAGUACAUGGGCGUCCGUCCCACCACUCACCUCGAGGAGGUCUUCAAGGCACCCAAGAUCGAGAGCGGUGACCACACUGUGCCCAUCAGCAACUUUUUGAAUGCACAAUACUUCUCAGAGGUCUCACUCGGAACGCCUCCUCAGGACUUCAAGGUCAUCCUUGACACUGGCAGCUCCAAUCUUUGGGUUCCAUCGACCCAGUGCAACUCGAUCGCCUGCUACCUCCACACCAAGUACGACUCAUCGUCGUCCUCGACAUACUCGAAGAACGGCUCCUCGUUUGAGAUCCGCUACGGUUCGGGAUCGCUCAGUGGAUUUGUCUCUCAGGACACCUUCACGAUUGGAGACUUGAAGGUCAAGAAGCAGGACUUCGCCGAGGCCACCGCGGAGCCCGGACUGGCUUUUGCCUUCGGCAGAUUUGAUGGCAUCAUGGGCUUGGGCUACGACACCAUCAGCGUGAACGGAAUUGUCCCUCCCUUCUACAACAUGCUCGACCAGGGCCUGCUCGAUGACCCCGUAUUUGCUUUCUACCUCAGUGACACCAACGAUGAGAGCGCCGAGUCUGAAGUCAUCUUCGGCGGCGUUGAUAAGAGCCACUACACUGGCAAGCUGACCAAGAUCCCAUUGAGGCGCAAGGCCUACUGGGAGGUCGAUCUUGACUCCAUCACCUUUGGCGAUGCCACUGCUGAGAUGGAGAACACUGGCGUCAUACUUGACACCGGCACUUCUCUCAUUGCUCUUCCUUCCACUAUCGCUGAGCUUCUGAACAAGGAGAUUGGUGCUAAGAAGUCGUACAAUGGCCAGUACACUGUUGAGUGCGAUAAGCGCGACAGCCUCCCAGACCUGACCUUCACUCUGUCCGGGUACAACUUCACCAUCGGCCCCUUCGACUAUAUUCUAGAAGUCCAGGGCUCGUGCAUUUCGUCCUUCAUGGGUAUGGACUUCCCCGAGCCAACAGGCCCACUCGCCAUUCUCGGCGACGCCUUCCUCCGAAAGUGGUACUCGGUUUACGAUCUCGGCUCCAACAGCGUUGGCCUCGCCGCGGCGAAGGCGUAAGCGUUGCUCUUUGGGCAACCGGCUGGGCUUCGGUGAGAGCUGCAAUCUGGCAAUCGCAGGGCAAACUACAGCUUCUAGAUUGCGGCAGAGGUUGGUGUUUGCGCUUGGCUCAAAUUGUAGCUGUAUUAUGCGAUAGGAUGUCUGUACUGCACUGGCUAAUUUCUUUUGAUUGUCUACUAUUCAUCAUUAUGUACAAGGGCGAAUGCGAAGACC